AUGGCUCUGGUUCCCCAAAGACUGGUGGCUAGGCUCUACCAGCUGUCGCACAUCAGCUCAGGUUUUCUAUAUGUCGCCCUGCUGGCUCGCUGGCUGAUUAUCCUACCAUUGGCGGGCUCAAGGUUUCUUCCUGGCGGAAUUCACGAAUUUCUGUGUGGGCUGCUGAUCUAUUCGAGUGUUCUCGAGAUCCUAUGGCUUGUCAAGUUCCGAGGAGUCGUUGGGGGCGUCAUGACCAGGACGUUUCUGAAAGAUGUGAAUUUUCUGUAUUUCGUUGUGGUGAUGCACUACUAUGACGAUUACGAGCAUGCACCAGUGUUGAAAAAUGCCAGCUACUCCAGCUUUAUCAUAGGGCUUGCAUGCACUCAAGCCUGGUCUCACUGGCGCAGUCUUUUCAGGAGAUCUGUGGAUGGUAGGCGAAGCAGGGUCGAGAAAGUCGAUACUUACCUGAUGAUGCCCUUGCUCUACCUCAGUGAGAUGUACUUGCUUCUUCUGAACGUUCAAAAUCCAGGCUUCCACUCGUUCCCGCUGCUGGAGAAGAUAAAUAAGGCGGUUCUAGUUAUCUUUCUACCCGUUGCUCUCUCAGUAUAUAAAUACCAGUUUUAG